CUCUUUCAAAACCACCAAACACACACAGUGAAAGAGAGAGAGAGAAGGGGUGACGAUGGCAUCAUCUCAGCACUACUCAAUCUUGGUAAUAAGAACAGUAUGCGCGUUGUUGGUAGUGAUAGCUGCUGCAUCUGCAUCCCAGAAAGAUGCUGAUAAAAUAGCAAGUUUUCCCGGCCAACCGGCGGUCAAUUUCCGGCAAUAUUCCGGCUACAUAAGCGUGGACGAAAAGCAAGAAAGAUUGUAUUUUUACUACUUUGUGGAAGCAGAAAGCGAGGGUGCUUCAAAGCCUCUAGUCCUGUGGUUGAAUGGAGGGCCGGGCUGCUCUUCCAUUGGAGCCGGUGCUUUCAGCGAGCACGGACCUUUUCAACCCUCUGGCAAUUCUUUGGUCAAAAAUCACUACAGCUGGAAUAAAGUGGCUAAUAUGUUGUACUUGGAAUCACCUGCUGGAGUUGGAUUCUCUUACUCUGCAAACCAAUCUUUCUACCAAUCCGUGAACGAUGACAUGACAGCAAGAGACAACCUUGUUUUCCUCGAGAAUUGGUUCAAGAGAUUCCCAGAAUUCAACAACACAGAAUUUUACAUAUCAGGAGAGAGCUAUGGUGGGCAUUAUGUCCCACAGCUAGCACAUCUCAUUCUCCAAUCCAAACCCAAGAUCAAUCUCAAAGGAAUAGCAAUAGGAAAUCCUCUUCUUGAAUUCAACACGGAUUUCAACUCGAGGGCUGAGUAUUUAUGGUCACACGGCCUAAUAUCCGAUGCCACAUUGCAUGACUUCACAUUUGCUUGCAACUACUCCGAGAUCAGGAGGCAGGCGGCCUCAGGAGCCCUCACCCCAGUCUGCCGUCGUGUCAUCAAGCUCGUCUCCUCUGAGAUGAGCCGUUUCAUAGACGCCUACGAUGUCACCCUCGACGUCUGCCUCUCCUCUCUCCAGCUGCAGUCUCUGCGUCUCAAUCAAAUGCAAGAUGAGCCUAAAGUGAAUGUGUGUGUGGAGGAUGAGACGAUCGUCUACUUAAACAGGAAAGACGUGCAGGCAGCGUUCCACGCCCGACUCCCCAAUGCCACCAGAUGGAGCGUCUGCAGCGAAGUGCUGCAGUACAAUAUGCAGGAUCUCGAGAUACCGACUAUCCAAGUUGUGGGCGCACUUGUCAAGUCGAACAUUCGAGUAUUAGUCUACAGUGGUGAUCAAGAUUCUAUUCUCCCACUCACCGGAACUCGAACACUGGUUAAUGCACUUGCCAAAGAAUUGGGCUUGAACACAACUGAGGCCUAUGGUGUUUGGUUUGAAGGUGGACAGGUUGGUGGAUGGACACAAGUCUAUGGUGACUUUCUAUCAUUUGCAACGAUACGAGGAGCCUCUCACGAAGCCCCGUUUUCUCAGCCAGAGAGAUCACUCGUUCUUUUCAGGUCGUUUGUCGAGGGAAAGCCGCUACCGCGAGUUAAUGGGUUGGCCAAGGGGAAGAACACAGUGAGUUCUAUGAACAGACUUGUGUAAACCUUCAAGGGAAGAAAUAAACAUGGUAUUGAAUUGGCUUUCUUGUGACAUUCUUUUGCAAUGAUGUGUGAUUGGGUUUCAGAUUCA